AUGAUCCAGGUUGGCUCCCGGAGCGCAAUGUUUUCUCCUCUGUACAUCAACACGGCGUCGACUCCGAACGAAUUAGAACCCGACGGACCGAGAACUUUUAGUCCGGUGUCACCACAGAUGAUUUAUGAAAGUUUAAGAAAACUGUCUGUUUGGAGGCAGUAUAUCAUGACUGGUGACUUGAUGGAUUACAUAAGGCGUAACUAUCCAGUAAAUCCAGUAGAGGCAGAGUUAUACCCUGAAUUGAAAGAGAAGUUGAGAGUGGCGACCAUAGCUGGUAUCGUAAUAGAGCCAUAUGAAGAUAACUGGUGCCUGACUUGUGCUUUAAAAGAUCGUCAGUUAUCUCCCAACCACGUCUCGUUAUUUUGGGAAGCCUACCUUGAUAAUAUGAAUCCCUUAAGAUGCAGAAAGCUUCAGGCUAAGGAAGUAGACAGUGCAGGUACUGAGGAACCACCGGCAAAAGGCAACGAUCGUAUAAUAAUUUAA